CCAUUCAACAGAGGACUGGGAAAGAGGGGAGAUUGAAAGAGAGGAGGAGGAUUUGAGAGAGGGGGACAACACAGACAAGAGAGCUGUGACGGAUUGUGUAGUGAAGAAAAUAUUUUACAGAGCAGGACAGCACCGUAUGUCGCUGGGGACUGGAAACAUUUAUUGCCUGGGUUGACUGUUUAUACCGUGUUCUGAUGCAGUCCCCGGAUCAUGAGAGAAGCGCUGACCAUGAGAUUCGCCUGGAAAGCUAAGAUGAGCUCGGUGCAGGACUGGGGGGAGGAAGUGGAGGAGGGAGCAAUAUAUAACGUGACACUGAAGAGGGUCCAGAUCCAGCAGGCUGCCAACAAGGGAGCAAGAUGGCUGGGGGCGGAGGGGGACCGGCUGCCCCCUGGCCACACAGUGAGCCAGCUGGAAACCUGUAAGAUCCGGAGUAUCCGGGCGGGAACGCUGGAACGGCUGGUGGAGACCCUGCUGACGGCGUUCGGGGACAAUGACCUCACUUACACCAGCAUCUUCCUGUCCACGUACCGCGCCUUCGCCAGCACACACACCGUGCUGCAGCUGCUGUUGGACAAAUAUGGAAUUCCAGAGGAUAGUGAAGGACAGAUGGAGCGAUGUAGACCCUCUGAAACCAAAGGAGCCGUUCGAACUGCCCUGGCCUCCAUCCUUCGAGUCUGGCUGGACCAGUGUCCAGAGGACUUCCAGGAGCCUCCAUCUUACCCCUGCCUCCACAGAGUCAUGGCCUAUCUACAGAGGGCCCUGCCUGGAUCGGAGCCCAUUCGUAGAGCCCAGAGUCUACUGGGGCAGCUACAAGCCGAGGCCAGUCUGGAUCCAGACUCCGAGGGUUUCUCCGGCGGUUUCCAUGGAAACAGCUCCUUCUGCCUGGGUGAGGAUGAGGAAGUGGAGAUCGAGGUCCAGGAAGAUUUCCUGUCAUUUGAUGCAGAUUUGGUGGCCGAGCAGCUAACCUAUAUGGAUGCGUUGUUGUUCAAGAAGGUGGUUCCUCACCACUGCCUGGGUUCCAUCUGGUCCCAGAGGGAUAAGAAGCAAAACAAGCACAGUGCUUCCACCAUCCGUGCCACCAUCACCCAGUUCAAUGCUGUGGCAGCAUGUGUGGUCAGCACCAUACUGCACCGACGCCAGAUCCGCCCGCACCUCAGGGCACGGGUCAUCCAGCGCUGGAUAGACGUCGCUCAGGAGUGUCGCAUGCGUAAGAACUUCUCCUCGUUGCACGCCAUCGUAUCUGCACUGCAGUCCAACCCACUCUACAGACUGAAGAGGGCCUGGUCCUGCGUGCACAAAGACGGCAUCUCUACGUUCGAGGAACUAUCAGACAUCUUCUCAGAUCACAACAACUACCUGACCAGCCGAGAGCUGCUGAUGAGGGAGGGCACCUCUAAGUUUGCCAAUCUGGAAGGCUGUGCUAAGGAGCACCAGAAACGCAUUCACAAACGACUCCAGCUGCAGAAGGAAAUGGGUGCCAUGCAGGGGACGAUACCUUACCUGGGCACCUUCCUGACAGACCUGACCAUGCUAGAUACUGCUCUACCAGACCUAGUAGAGGGUGGGCUCAUCAACUUUGAGAAGAGGCGGAGGGAGUUUGAGGUGAUUGCUCAGAUCAAGCUGCUGCAGUCUGCGUGUAACAGCUACUGUCUGAGUGCUGACGCUGCCUUCCUGCACUGGUUCAAGAGCCAGCCCCAGCACAGCGAGGAGGAGAGCUAUGCUAUGUCUUGUGACAUUGAAGGAGUGGGAGACAGCAGUCCUACUUCACCCAAACCUCGCAAGAGUAUGGUCAAGAGACUUAGCCUACUGUUUCUGGGUGUAGACUCCUCGGCAGCGAGUUCCCCGUUGAGGGAAACACCUCGGUCGCCCCCUACUGGCAGCUCUGGGGAGAGCAUGGACUCAGUAAGUGUGUCGUCUAGUGACUCCAGCCCUUCAGAAAGCGAUGGCAUGGCCAUGACACCUAUACACACCUCCGACACUCAGCAGAACAAGUUGUCCGAGUCUUCUUCCUGUACUUCUCUCCACUCCAUGGACACUACCUCAUCAUCAGCCAGUGUUCCAGUGACCCCGGCCUCUCCCUCUCUCCCCGGGCCACCCUGCAUGCACCGUCGCUCUGUCUCCCUGACACCCAUGUCCCCCUCCUCCCCCCUGCCCCCUGCCUACAACACCCAGGCCCAGGACGCCUGCAUCAUCAGAGUCAGUCUGGAGCAGGGCAAUGGCAACCUCUACAAGAGCAUCCUGUUGACGAGUCAGGAUAAGACUCCAGCAGUGAUCUCUAGAGCUGUGGCCAAACACAACCUGGAGAGUGAGCCUGGGGAGGGAUACGAGCUGGUGCAGGUCAUCUCUGAGGAGAGAGAGCUGGUGAUUCCAGACAACGCCAACGUCUUUUACGCCAUGAACACCUCAGCCAAUUUUGACUUCCUGCUGCGCGUGCGAGGCACCGCGGGGAGGCCGGUCCAGCUGAGAAGUCGCUGCGCCUCCACACUCCCCCGUGCCCAGCAGCGCUCCAGCCUGUCUCUGCGCCUCAGCAAGGUCACACUGUGACUCCCAGGACAGGGGCACAAGGACUGGAGGGACCACAGACAGGAGGGGGUGGGAGACUGAGAAGAACCAGGGAUGGGGGAGUGAGAUUUAAUGUGACUCUGAAUACACUAUUCCCAAAACCCCUGUCCCCAAUCGGACCCCCACCUCUCAGUGCCCACAUACAUCCCCCAACUCCAGAAGCAGCCUGUGGCCUUCCAAUCCCUGUCCCUGCCACCCCCUAACCCCUAUGGACUAUUAUGGAUGUGUAGUGGGACUUCAGUGCCAAUUAGAAUAUAGAUGCUUUUGGCAGAGCGAGACAGUGCCCCCCCCCC